AUGUCUACGUUUCAUUUCAUAAAGUGGACUGUGAUUGUUUGUGGCAGGCGCGGAUGUGAGUCGUACGACCCGAGCACGCACGAACUGCGGUACGCCGGCGACCGCUGGACGAAUAUUGCUACGUCUGUUACCUACCAGCUUUACUACUACGACUCCAAGAUAACAAACGCUUUAAUAAUAUUGCACGUUGAAGAUGUCGCCGCUGACACGCCCGCGCCUUACGUCACACAGAGCGUCCGAGUUACGUUCUAUUUAGCCAACGACACUAUAGAUAAUAUCAUUCAACUGAGCGGUAGUCCCGGAUACGUCUGGGGUCGCCCGGUCAUCAUAUCGACAGCUGACAACAAUCACACUCAACAUUUCUUCAAUAAUACUUACAAAAGUAACAUUUUAACAAUACCAGCCGCGAGAGAUGGAAAGUGUGUAUUAACAAAAGUAUCGCACAGGAUUGUUCAAUUUGGAGACAACAAACAAAUCAAAUGUAGAUUACAUAUUGAAAAGAAAAUAUCAUCAAACGCUACAAAUACGUGUGACCAAAUACAAAAUAUCAUUUUUGAAUUGCUCAAAUUGAACCAAACUAUACAAAUAUCUGCGUAUGGCGAUCCACAAUAUAGAGUCAAUAAAAACUGGUUACAACCGUACAUGUUUGAGAAACAGCAAAUCUAUGGGCGAUUUUACAAUGAACAAACAAUAUUGUCCUGCAGUAAUUUAGUAACAAGGAUCGGAUACGUGUUCGCUUACAUUAACGUCGGCGACGCGAUUGGUGGAGAGGGAAGUGAGAUAGUGCAAGUGAAUGUUGAAGGCGGCGCACACAACGUGACAUUGUUAGUGGAGGACGCUGUCACGGUGACAGGCGACAUGCUGGUGACGGUCGACACGCGCUUCAUAGACGUGGUUGGGGCGACCGUCACCGAGUACGGUGUCGCGCCACAUUUGAACAUUCACUUGCCAAAGAGUUUCUUCGUUCCUUCGAACUGCGCCGACAAGCGAGCCGCCGGGCCUUCCUACGUCAGACUUACAUUAAUUUUUACUAUUAUGUACAUGAACAGCGCACGAACGUAA